AUCUGCUAUUGUAUUUCGACAUUAUAUCGCGAGAGACACUGUGAAUAUCAUGCGAAAUUAGCAAAUUUCUUAUUACAUAAUUCUCAUCGAGCACACGCGGGUCACGAUACGAGGAUUACAUCAAAUAACCGACAUUAAUAAUGACAUUUUGUCGAUCCGUCUCGACGGUCGUGAUGAAGCGAUCUGAGAACAGUAAAUACCAAGUAACAGUACCAAGUAACAAUACCAAGUAACAGUAAACAAAAUUAAAUUUAUGUCGAUGUUAUUCCCCGUUUAAUGUAAAUACAAUGUAAAACAUGUGUGUAACGAUUACGUCGUUGAACGAGAAAUUGUAAUAUUGAUGUAAUGUCACUGUCACACUCGAUACUUAUCGGGAAGAUGUCACUCGGCUAUUUAAUUAUGCAAUAUCGUUAUCAUUAUUUAAUUAUGUAACUUUUCCUACCGGACAGGUCGUUUGUAGAUUCCCUUAACCGCGCGCUUCCGCUACUUUGGCCUGUUUCUUUUUCUUUCCAUCGUGCUCGUGCGUCGCGCUUGUUUAAACAGCGCGUAUGUGACUUAAUAGGAUAAUGCCUGCGACAAUAAUCGCCCUGGCAGUGUCUACGCUGUACAUCGUGUUCACGGUAUGGCUAGCGCACUGGCUGAGGCUGUACGCGACAUACUUCAUUGAACAGCCCCUCGUGAAAUCCUUGUUCUUAGAGGCGAUCGCUACGGCGGAACUCUGCGGAGCAUGCUUCGAACUCAUUAUAAUUGCGGACAAUUGGGGAGUAUCAAUGUAUGCGAUUUAUCUGUUUGUGCUGACGGUUUACUGGUCGAUGACCUGGGGCGACGCGUCGGCGUGUCCCUACACUCACCUGGAGGACAUGGUCCUAGGCAACAAGUCUGUGCGCAUCGCCUUCCUUUUGAUAUGGGCCGAAUUUCUCGGCGGUAUCGCCGUGUUUAAGUACAUUCAAGUGCUCUGGGCGCUCGAGAUCGUCUCCACGCACAAAAACCGGGCGUUCGGAGACUGUACUACAGAUUUGCAGGUACCUGUUCUAAUUGGAGCGCUCAUAGAGUGCGUCGCUACGUGCAUAUGUAGGGUGGUGUCACGCGUCUUGGGUGACCUAAAUCCAAGAUUCAGCACGGUCAUCGACUCUUUCGUGGGGACGUCUCUGGUUGUUGCAGCCUUCAAUUAUUCCGGCGGUUACUUCAAUCCCGCACUGGCGACUUCGUUGAAAUGCGGUUGCUUGGGCACCACAUUCAUCGAGCACGUGACAGUAUAUUGGAUCGGGGCGUGUGUUGGAUCUAUCGCCUCCUUACGCGUGUACAAGAUGCCGUUCGUGCAAAAUUUCGUUGAGCAGCGCAAAGAGAAGAUCGCCUAAGAUGACACAAUGACGGAAAGGCAUUGGGUGUUUACGCACAAUCUUGUUGAACGAUUUUAUUCUUCAAUUACUUGGAUAUUUAUAUAUCAUUGUUUAUAUAUUUUUCAAUCUUAUGUCGUUUCAAUUUUAUUUAUUUUAUUUUAUUAUGUCAUUCCGGCUCGAGGAAUGUAUUAUCGUAAUGUACUAAUCUUUUUAUUUUUUUUUCUUUUCUAAGAAACAGUUACACGAUAACGCAAUUGUAUUUUAGCGAAACAUUAUGAUACAAGCGUUAUUCUAUAGAUGUAGAAGAUAUUUCUUGUCGCCGUGCAUUUUGAUGCAUGUGAGCGAGUGGUCCUCGAAAAUUGGUCAGAGGGUAACGAAAACUGUAUGACGACUUAUCACUGGAAUAACGGAGAAUAACGGUAACAAUAUCGAGCGACUUUUUUUAUAGAGCGAUGAAUAACGCUAAAACGAAAUACUUUGAGUGUAUUUUUCAAUUCCAAUACUGUCUUUGCUAUAAUGUAUACAAAUGUUUAAGAGCGCGGAAACUAACGCGCCGAAGGGUAACAUGAUGCGAUUCAAUUUGCGUAUUGUAUAUCGCAAUUAAUCAUAGCUACGUCAUGAUUUUCAGGUGACACUUUGAUCGACAAUCAAUUAGAAGAUUGUUUCUUAAAUAUGCCCGAAGAUUGGAGGUUGGAUUGAGCCGCA